UAUAAAAUGGGCCACAUUCUCUCUCUCUCUCGGUCCGUCUCUUCUGGUUCACGGCGAAGCGAAGCGACUCACAUCCAUGGACUCCUCUCUGCUCUCGGCGGCUACGGCCGACACCUUCAACGGUAAUGCGGCGGAGCAGAUUGCUCCUCCGAUGCAGCCGCCGGGUACGGAUAUGACUGAUAUUUGCUUCAGGGAUCAGCUCUGGAUCAAUUCGUAUCCGCUUGACCGUAACUACGUCUUCGAUUACUUCGCUUUGUCUCCCUUUUACGAUAUCACCUGCAACAACGAGACGCUUCGUAGGAGAUCCGUUCACCCUCUCGAUCACUCUCACCUCUCGAAGAUGACAGGCGUAGAAUAUAUUAUCGCUGAGGCUACAGAACCAAACCUGUUCGUCUUUCGUAAGCAAGUGAGGGAUGGUCCCGAGAAAGUUAAACCGAUGCUAACAUAUUAUAUCUUGGACGGUACUAUCUACCAAGCUCCACAGCUUUGUAGUGUCUUUGCAGCUCGAGUUGGUCGGGCUGUUUACAAUAUAUCGAAGGCUUUCUCUAUUGCUGCGUCGAAACUGGAAACCAUUAGGCAGGUUGAUGCUGAAAACCAGAACGAAUCUUCUGAGUCAAAGCCAGUUAGUGAGACGUUUGAUCUAAAGGAAAUGAAGCGAGUCGAUGUUAUACUUUCCUCGUUAUAUCGCAAGUUACCCCCAGCACCUCCACCACCACCGUUCCCUGAAGGAUAUGUUGGCCAAGAAGCAUUAGAGGAAGAGAUUGGAACACAAGUAGGAGAGCCACAACAGCCUCAAAUUGAUCCUAUUAUCGAUCAAGGCCCUGCUAAAAGAAUGAAGCUUUAAGCUCGUUAAGUUUGUUUCUUCACCUUCGCAUGUCGAUAAUGGAAGUUUUAGGUGAAAGACUCAUUCUACUUCAUCUAAGUCUUGUUGAGUCUCUAAGAUUUUUUUUUUUUUGAAUAGUAUUGUGUCAGAUGCUAUAUGAAUUAGUAACAUGAUUAGUUUACAUAAUAAGAUAAUUUAUUAUAUUUCCUUUU